GCAUGCAAGUCGUCAGCAUGGUACGCAACAACACGCUGGAGGGUUGGACGAGACUCACUGUGACGAGAGACGAUAUCCUGAGUAACUCCUCCCAAUCUCGAUCCUGCAUGCCUUCGAAUCCCUCGAUAUGCAGUGCCCGUCCAACCGUCGCGGCAGGCUCCACGACGAGCGGGCUCUCCGAGCUCCGCGGCACGCCGAGCGGCCUCAUCCUCCCGCUCAAGACCUCCAGCCUCAGCAAGCACCGCAGCGGGACCUUGUCCUUAGUCCUAACCAACGCGGCUACGCGGAAGAUUGGCGGGAUGCCUGCCUUGGUGGCCUUGUUCUCAUGAACCUGCCACUGCGCACGGUAGAGCUCACUCCGCUUGUCAGAGCUGGAUGCCGACCCCUGCAGCCGCAGGCCCUGCCGACUGACAGAAGUCAGCCUCUCGCUGAAGCCGACCUCAAAUCUUACCUGAACGGGAACGGGUGGAGUGGUGACACCAGCGUUCGGCUUGAACAACUCUUCUCUAUCUGUCCUCACCUCGGUCGGCGGCCCCUCGACAAACGCAGGCGCGUAGUUGUCGACAUGGGCCUGGGCCGGCGUGUCGCAGUCGAACGAGAUGUCGAUGUCAGCCGAGACGAUGCGCCAACUUCUCGAGAGGCAAAUUGCGAUGAAGUUGAACUCGUAGCAAAGGCGCACAGCUGGCUUACCACACAAGGUUGCCUGCUGGGAGAUGGACAAUGCGGUAUUCCAGUGUCACGUUUCGGUGCACCUUGUAGAGGGCUCGCUCAGAACUCUCAGCAGCGGUGAUGGGCGGGGCCGAUCAGAGGUUGCCGUCGAGCUUGUCUUGGACGAGCUCGACCACGACUGUAUACAGGUCUUGAGAUGCUUCCAUUGUCAUAUUUAGUCUCGGCCCUCUGUGGGUUGCAGCGGUAUCUGAGCAAUUCGGAGAGAGAAAGACAAGGUGAGGGAGCCAGCUGAG